CCAAACCAGUCUGUGAUUCUGUGCUUCUGUGAUCCCUUAAGAAUCUUGCUAUAUCUUAAGAACCAUAAGGAGAUGGACUCUUUUCUUUAGUGGACACAGAAAUAAGGGGGGUUUUGGGUGUAUUUCUCCCCCCCACCCCGUUUGUGGCUCUCAGGCUCCUUUCAGGUGUGUCUUCUCACAGGCUGGGUCUGAUCCUCACCACCCAAAUGACUUUGUUGUAAUUGUUCCAGUCUUUGCAGAGAUCCAGUGGUUCCCUCUGCAGCAGGACAUGGCCUCAGCCAUGGAUAUAAAGCUGACCAAAGAGCUGUUAAACAAGCAGGUGUCUGUCACCGGGGAGGGCUCCGAAAUUCGGGUUUUAUCCACCCAAACUGUUCCUCUCAGGGAGCUGGGGGUUGGUUCCCAUUUGGUGGCAAUUUCUGUCUGGUUGGCAGCGUGCAGGUGGAAAGGAGCCAAGUUUGCUCUCAGGAUGACAGUUUGCUAACAGAUGUCUAAUGUUUCCCAACACAGUUGGCUCAUGUGAUGGGAAUCGUGAGCUAGUUUAGUAAAGCUGAGCAGUUGGAUAAUUGCAAACCUUUGCUCCUCACAUGUUCUCAUUUAUCCCUUUUAGCUGCCUAGGUGAGAUAGUUGUUUAAUCAUUUUUUUGGUUUUAUUUGUGGUUCUGGGAGGAAAAGUUGGGGUAGCUCUCGGAGUAAUCACCGUGCUAGGAGGUGAUGGCUCACUGAAAUAGUUUGGAACCUCCAGCAGUGCAAGAAGCCACGUGAUUUCCUCUCCCCUUGUGCAUAGCAGGCAUUGCCCAAACGCUUGGCCUGUGGUUCCUGUGCUGCCAUUCCAAAGGGAUGGGACGUGGGUGAUGGUAUUUACUCCUGAGCCCCCUGAUCACUCAGGUUUCUUCCAUGUGAUGCCUCUCCGUGCCCAAGAGGAGCUGGAGCAAGGCAGCUCCUUAGGAGGAUGUGUUUCCUCUGCAGGGAGAGAAAGAGGUGGUGUUGCCAAGGCCCAGCUCUUCCAUGGGAGCACAUGGAUACCCCUCAGGGCAAGGUGGCUGCAGGAAGCCACUGAGGCCUCAGUAGGUCCCUCUGUCAUUCAGAUUUGCGGGAAACCUUGGAGAAGAGCCUGAGGGGUUCUGCAGGAUGCUCCUGUUUCACUUAGAUCUGAAUCCCUCUUUCCCUGUGCUGGUUCCUGAUGUCCCACCUCUCCUGUCAGCCCCAGCUCUGCCAGCCUCUGUUUGCUGUAGGGUAGGUGAUAAGGCCCACUAUCAAUAAGCAAAAAACACCUUAAGAGUGCAUUGGGAAUUGAUUCCUGGCCUCCCACGAGCUCUUGUGGGAAUCGCAGCCUUCGUUUUUAAAAGGUCUUUAUUAAAGAACCAACUUUUCCUUGGUUUUCCCAUUUUUCCCAGGUAUCUUUUCUUUUUGUGUGCUUCCAGCUAUGAUUCUCCCGGCAUUUUGGCCUGUGAGCCAGCACAGUUACCAAAAUAUCCAGAGAAGGGUUCUCUCUUACUUACUCCUAAUUCAGCUAGAGACACACAACCCCAGAAAUCCCAGCCCAGGACAUUCCAGCCUUUCCUCUGUGUCACUCCAGCACCUCACUGACCAUGCCAGGAACGCUGAUCCUGCCCUGGGCUUGCCCGAGGUGUCUUCUCAACACACCUGUCAUUUAUUAAUUUAGGAACUAAAUCACCAGCUCUUCCAGAGGUCAGGAAAGCGUUUUCCCCUCUGGAAAGUUUGGGAACACCAGCACAAGGCUGUGGAUUUAGAAUAAAAUUGAUGGAAGUUUGGGGGUAUUCCAGAGCUGUCUGGUCACAAUCCUGUGCCACAUGCUCUGAGAUGGGAGCAGGGAAGUGGGACCAGAUGCUCUGCUGUGGUCCCUUCCAGCCUGACCCAUUCUGUGACUAUCUCAAGGAUCCUCCUCAGUAUCUUUAUCCUGGUCCAGAACUGAAUGUUUUCCUACAGACACACCAAAAUUAACAUUUAAACUAUUUCUGUAUUUCUUGGCACUGCCCUCCCAGUGCCUUGAAAGAGUCUCUUUACUUUUGGAGGUGAUAAAUAUGCCAUCACAUAUGUUUGUCCCUAUAAAUGUGUGGAGCGAGGAGCACACGCUGGAAAACCUUGGGAGUUUUAGGGGGCAGCAAACUCAGCUUAAGCAAGUUGGAGGACAGGAGGUGAAUUCCUGUUCUCAAUUUCAGGAUAAGGAUCACACCCCAGUUUCUGAUUUAGGAGAUGGCAGGGGAAUAUUUGCAUUUUGAUCUUUCUGUUGGAGUUAUUUAUCCUUAAGCUUUGCAGGACUGAAGUGCAUAACGACUGUAAGUUUGUAGGAAUUUGGUGUUAACGUGGACUUUGACACUUGUAGGUGGGAAUAAAACAGAAUUCAGCUGGGGCUGUUGUUAGUAGGCAUGAGAAGGGCUUGUUUGUUUGAUUUUGCACGUGUUUUGGUUUCACUGUUUAUUUUGGGCAUUUCUUUUGUGUUUUGGAUGCUUGUGGCACCUCUGGAAAAACUGCAUCCAAUCUGUUUCAUCUACCUGCGUGUACAAACUGCACCUGAGCAGAGAGUUAGCCAAGAGAUUUCCAAAAGCAAUCACAAGAAUGCUGCAAGUACAUUUUCUAAGCAAAAUAACACCUGAACACCUCUUUUUACGUGUUCCAGUGAAAACCCAGAAGCUUUCAGCUUGCACAGCCUGGUCUGGUGGAAGGUGUCCCUGCCCGUGGCAGGAAGGUUGGAACUAGAUGGUCUUUAAGGUGCCUUCCAAGCCAACCCAUUUUUUGCCUCCUGACCUGAAGUUUGGCUGUUGAAGGGAAAUCUUCCAUGCUGGGAAUUCACCUUCAUAACAAUUAUAAACCGUUAAGGGUGUUUAACUGGUCUGUACCGGUGCUCUAAUUUUUUAUCCCGAAAAUUAGAGCCGUCUCUUUGCUCUGUCACCCCGAAAACGAUGUGUCUGCUGUGAUUUAGAAGGGGAUGUCUAAACAUGUGGUGGAUUCAGCAGAGGUGUUCUGGUGGCUGGUUUAAUAUGCAGCUCGUGAGGAGCACAGAGCGAUCAAUAACAAGGUUAUCCCAAGUUCAGAGCAGGCUCUGCGCUCAUUGGUUUCCAAAGUCGGAUGCAUCAGGAGCAAGGUCACCCAGGGGAUCUGGUGACAGUAUAAAUAAUAAAGCAGAGCUGAAGUAAUUUGUUGACAGCACCACACCCCCCUCCCCAAGAGAAAAUUGUGCUUUAUUGCAUCGGGUCUGGGGCUCGAUGGCGAGACCUUUCUCAUUUCUUGACACCGAUUUUUCCCCUUUUCGCUUGAAAAAUGAUGGGUCUUUGCUCUCUGUCCCCCAGUGUCAUUGGAGUUUUAAAUAGACUAAGGAAGGUGGUUUGAAGGGAAUCAGUCAGGAAAUCAAUUGCAAGCUGCUAAUGAAAUAGAGACAGGCCGUGACGGACAGGGGACGUUCAAAAGCUGGCCGGGUGGAUUUGUGUGUCCGUGGUUCCCACCGGGAUGGUUUGUCACUCCGUUACCCUGCACGAGUGAAGCCUCCAGGUGAAACAGGUGAUGGUAGUCUGUUAAUUGCUCAAACUAAGUCCUGCAAACCACCCAGCUGCCCCUGUACACCCUCCAUGCCUCCCUCCAUAAUCCAGCCAACUCCCUUUUCCCAUACAAGUCUGUGCUGCCACCGGCCAAAGGUCGGACGCUCGCGGGGACUCUCCGGCAGCUGAAUGUCACAUUUUAUUGAGUGGGUGGAUCCUGUUCAUCCAUUUCCCCUCCGAGCCUUUUCUAAAAAUAGCACAAACCUUAACAAGGAGCUAUUUUGGAGGACUCAUGUUCAUGGGGGUAGUCAUGGGAAGCUUAUUUUGGCAGGCUUGCAUGUGUUUGAUUUGCAUGCUACCCCUGGUCAGGGGCUUUGGUGGACGCCUGUGGGAGCCAGUUGGACACGGGCUAAAGACAGGGAGCAUCUGGAUUUUGGAACCUGGGUUGGGACAGCUACUCCGAGUGAGUUUACAGGAGGAAAAGAAGGGAAGAUAUCCUCAUAGGAAUGUUGAUAUGUGACUGAAGUCAUUCAUUUCAGGCAUUUGCACACCAGCCCACAGCUUAUCGGAUCUGAUUUCAUAAAACCUGGCUGUGAUUUCUCUCCAGGGACCUUAAUGAUCUUGCCAUUUCCAAUAAACAUUUAUAGAAACUACUGCCGGCCUGUGGAUAAGAGAAACUCCUAUGAGAGACUUUUAUCUUCCAAAAAUACUCAAAGACACCAAAAAAAAAAACCAAACCAAAACCCAAAAAAACCAACCAAACCAGGCAGGAGAAGAUCACUUGAAAAUGCCCGGCGGGUGGCUGGAGCUGAAUUGCAGUGCCAGGCGUUUGCUUUGUAGCCAUGCCUAGGGGAGGUUUGCUAUUCCCCCUUGGAAAACCGGAGCGAGGCUGGAACUGGGACCAGCAAAACCCCAUGAGCAAAAGCAAACCCUAAGAGCCCCGAUGGCCACGCGGCAGAUACGAAGCCGAAGCUGCCUUCUUUGCCAACCUGAAGCUGGCCGACUUCAACAUCAUCGACACCCUGGGAGUCGGAGGCUUCGGCCGAGUGGAGCUGGUCCAGCUGAAGAGCGAGGAGUCGAAGACAUUCGCCAUGAAGAUCCUGAAGAAGCGUCACAUCGUGGACACGCGGCAGCAGGAGCACAUCCGCUCCGAGAAGCAGAUCAUGCAGAGCGCCCACUCCGACUUCAUCGUCAGGCUCUACAGGACAUUCAAGGACAGCAAGUACCUGUACAUGCUGAUGGAAGCCUGUCUGGGGGGAGAGCUCUGGACAAUUCUCAGGGACAGAGGUUCGUUUGAGGACUCCACGACCAGGUUUUACACGGCGUGUGUGGUGGAAGCUUUUGCCUAUUUGCAUUCCAAAGGGAUCAUUUACAGGGACCUCAAGCCAGAAAACCUCAUUCUGGAUCACCGAGGUUAUGCCAAACUGGUCGAUUUUGGCUUUGCAAAGAAAAUAGGAUUUGGAAAGAAAACAUGGACUUUUUGUGGCACCCCGGAGUACGUGGCCCCCGAGAUCAUCCUGAACAAAGGUCACGACAUUUCAGCAGACUACUGGUCACUGGGAAUCCUAAUGUAUGAGCUCCUGACUGGCAGUCCCCCCUUCUCAGGCCCAGACCCCAUGAAGACCUAUAACAUCAUAUUAAGGGGAAUAGACAUGAUUGAAUUUCCAAAGAAGAUUGCCAAAAAUGCUGCUAAUUUAAUUAAAAAACUAUGCAGGGACAAUCCAUCAGAAAGAUUAGGGAACUUGAAAAACGGCGUGAAAGAUAUCCAAAAGCACAAAUGGUUCGAAGGCUUUAACUGGGAAGGGUUACGGAAAGGGACACUGACUCCUCCCAUAAUACCAAGUGUCGCAUCUCCAACGGACACGAGCAACUUCGACAGCUUCCCGGAGGACAGUGACGAGCCACCCCCUGACGACAACUCAGGAUGGGACAUAGAUUUUUAAUGUCUUUCUCUUACCUGCUUCUGCCUUGCUGAGGACAGCUUUCCUGGGACGUGGCUGCCAGCGAAACCGAGAGAACGGAACUGGGGAGGAUUCGUGCUCGGGGUCACCAUGAUGCCUUGAUUGAUGCUGCUACAGGAACUCCAGUGGCAUUAGGACUUACUGCUUAGAUGACAAUAGUGCUCUUCAUGUUUUCUGUUCGAACACAACCUGGGGGUUGACAUGGUGGUCCUGACACAGAGCCUUUCACCGGUAGAGAAACAUGUUUUCUGUCACCGCCGAGGUCUUGCUACGCUCUUAAUUAUCAAGGUCAGGAGAUACAUUGUGUAAGACACACCCAAUUGUAGCUGCGAGGUACUGGCUUUAUCAGUAGGAUCAGUAGUAAUUUAUUCAGUGCUGUAGCCAAAUACAGUGCAGGAUUUGGGCUAUUCCCACCCUCCCAGCUCCGCAGGGCUCCCUCCCAGUGUCGGAGCGGAGGAGGCCACGGCGGGCCCGGCCAAAGAGUUCAUGUCAAAGCAGUGGUGAAAUGUGUCCUUUUCCUUUCUGAGCAGAACCACAACAAGACUGAAUGUUACCUUUCCUCUUUGGUUUGGAGAGUUUUUUUUUUGUUGAGCCUGGUAGAACAAAAGCACAACUGCUCGAGAUCCUGUGAAGGCAGAUAUGGGUCAUUUCUCUCACGCUGCAACACCACCUUUGGGGUUUGUUUUUCCUUUCCCUUGGUACAAAUACAUCCCUGAAUGAAAACAAAAAUCAGGAAACUAAUCUGUUUGACAUAUAAAACAGUGCUUGGAUCACGGUCCUGUAACAAGGCGGCAGCAGCCCACUGGUCUUGUCGAUUUAGGCAUAAAAUUAAGCUCGACUUUGACCUCUUCAGAACCCAAAGGGAAAACAUAAGACCUGUAAUGUCCUUUUUAGGUGCUAUGUCCAUCCCUCACCUGGUCACUCAACCACCUUUUGAGAGAUAUGUAGCAAGAGGCUUCGUUCUCCGUCGCUCUUGGAUGAUCCCACGUCUCCAUGUCUCCAUCUCCUCCGUGUUUAGUGCAGAGCUCAUUAAAAGCCAAGUACUGGGCCAGUUUGCUGGCUCUGGUGUAAUAUUGCCUGUAAAAAUGGAAUCCUGAUGCCUCUCCGGGCUAAGGGAAGUCCAUGGAAUUAAAUGGAAAAGCGAUAUUGGAUGUAUUUGUGCAAGGUCUCCGUGUCACCGGCGCGAGUUCCCCGAUGAUCACAUUUAGGGCACUGUAAUGGCCACAGUCAUCGUGUGGAAAAACAACCUGGGGAAAACAGUAUCAGGAUAUGCUUUUCCCUGACUUCCACUGCUUUUCCUUUGCUUGAAUACAGUCUCCUCUGAUUUAUAGGCCAUAAUUCCGUCCUGGAUGCCCGUUUGUUGACUUCAAGUAUCCCGUUAUCCAACAAAACCCAUCAGGUUUCGGUCUCUCUAGGACCUCAAAAAAUCAUAGCAUCAUAGAAUAAUGGAAUAGUUUUGGAUUGGAAGGGAACCUAAAGACCCUGUCAUUCCAAGCCCUGCCAUGGGUGAGCAGGUGCUGCCCCGUUUCAUCUCAGCGCUGCCCGGAGCUGAGAGUGGGGAGAGCAGCUCUUGCUGAGAAGGACUUUUGCCCACAUACUCCGUGGAAAAUGUCUGUUUUAACAGUAAAAUAUUAUUUCCCUGAUGCUAAAUCCCAACUCUUUCCCAUGUUUCUGAUGAAAGCAACUUCACAGAGUGUAUUGUUUGACAGCGUGGACCGUGUCCUGCUGUUUGCCAGCAGACAUGAGCUGGCUCACCUUUGGAACCAGUCUGUGGCACAGGAUUUCCUUCCCUGUUUUCCAGAGGGUGAGGCAGCAGAGCUGGCACAGUCACUUCAGGCUAUUUCUGCUGUUCUUUAAUCAUUGGAACUUUGUCUGCCUUCCAAACUGCCGGGAAAAGGCAGUAGCUCCUGGCUUUUCCACCUUUAUCUGAGGGAUGGACGACCCUGAGAGCCAAGGCUGAGCACUAGGGCUAAAAUAUCCACCAGGCAUCUGAGAGAACAGGCCUAGCAGCCAAAUUCUUCACUCACACCCCCCUGGAGUUUCACUCAACAAGGAGAACUUUCUGUAGGAACGUAGAGAGGAGUUUGUCCCAAAACGAUGACACUCGUGCUGUGGCAGGCAAGGGGUUGCUGGGUGGCAAAAGCACCACGAGGAUUUGGGGGGCAACCUGAAAACACGACAGGAAGGAGGGUUUGAAAUGGGCUCUUUUUCUUUUUCCCGUCCCUUUUUCCCUGUGCCAAGCACAGGAAUCAAUACCUGUACUGAAUAUGAGUUUAUUUUGAUAUCAAACCCCUCACUCGACUCCCAUCACCUCUCCCAAGCAUUAACACCACACUAUGUAUAUGAUAAAAGCCUUCAUUUAUAAUAAUAUAUUUAAGUUGCUUUAUAUAUAUAUAUAUAUAUUCACAACAAGGCAUUGCCUCUGUGUUUCCACUUUGUGUCCUUAUUUCUUUGUCUCCUUCCCUAAUCUAUGGGAGGAGGGUGUAUUUAGGCUCCCAUAUUCCAGCUGAAAUCAGCUCCCAUAUUUCAGAGCAGGGUGUUGAUUGGUGUCAUGACCACAUGGCUGAUCCGUAGCUUCUCCCAGCGCUGCAUUUCCCACAGCAAACUCUUCUUUACCAACAGGACCACGAGCGACUAUUUCUGUAAAUAGGUAUUUUCGUGUCGGUAUUUUGUGGUACACAUUGAACUUUUUGUUCUUUUUCCAGCCCCAUGGCAUUAUUCCUUCAUUUCCUUAUUUGUAAUGUAAUGUUUUUAGCUCAAGGUAGACUUGAAUUAAUGUCAUAUUUGUCAGUAUUAUUAAACUUUAUGUCAACUGUCCUGUUAACUCAUCCGUCCCAUAGUUUGAGAACAUGACUAGCUAUCUGGCAUUGUUGCAAGUGCCUUAAAUCCAUGGCAUCUUAUAAAAAAAAAAAAAUGACAAAUUUGGUGUUAUGCUGCAUGACAAAGACAAACACACCUCAAACUGUCGUCCUUUCUUAGCUUGCUGCGUUUUACAGUUCUUUCUUGCGACCGGUUUCUAAGCCUUUAUUAUCUAAAACUGACGAAUUACAGAAAUGAUGAAGUCGUUCUCUUAUUUCUGUUCAAUGUACCAGAGCUGUGUAUCUGUUAAUGAGAUACAGAGUCAUUUCUGUGAAAUGUAUAAAUGUUUAUGUGCGGGUCGAAUUCCUCUCUGACGUCCUAGCAGUCCGUAGACAGGUAUUCCUGUUCCGCCGAGCCCUGCAGAUCCCACCCAUCGUGCCGUCCCGUCUUACACGCCCCCCCCCUCGAGGAAUCUCCCACCUGGAAAAAAAUCCACUCGCUGUAAACCCAGCCUGCCUUUUUUUUUUUUUUUUUUUUUUUGCCCUAAAACCCCGAGGCAAAGGCGCAGCUCGUUUGCACCACUCAACAAAACAGUGCUUUCCCCUCCCCGGUCCCCUCCGUCCGCAGCCACCGCCCGGACGAGCCCUCGGUGCUCCCGCGGAGCUGCCAAGCUGGAAGCUCCUCAAUCCGCAGCUCCCCAGCCCUGACACCGAGACUUGGGCGCCUUGAGGGCUUUCUCAGCAAAAGGGGAAAUUCCCUCUCACCCCGACCCCGGCUUAUGCUGGUUUUUACACCAUCCCUUUGGUUUGUAUCCUUAUUUCCCCCAGCUUUCUUCUUCCACGGGAGAGGUUUUGUUUGUCGGACAGAUGUCGGUCACCCCCCCCCGCUCGGUGGCCGCUUGCACUCUUUUGAUGUUGACUGAAGAACUUUGGGGUUUUUUUUCAUAAACUUUAACUGCUUUUGUUUGGCUCUGUACUUUCCCUGCAGCUGUAAUUGCCGAGUGCCUGUUGUAUACUUUAUAGAGUUGAAAUAAAAAUAAUUACUUUUGAA